UGUUCCUACUCCACAUAUGCAUAUCGCUUCCUCGAUUUGUGAAUGGUCGGACUGAACGUCAAUCAGCGAGAGGGGGGCGGCGUUUCGCCUGAGUUUCAUUGAAGGUGGAGAGGCGAGUGUGGUUCGCAGAGCGGCAGCGAGCGGUCGGAGAAUAGACUCACACAGGGCAACAGCGCGUCCACACUAGGAGUUCAAUCCAGGACCUGCGGGAAUUAAAACUGUGCCCCAGCACCAACCCUGAGGACAGGCAAAACGUGCUCCUGAACGAAAAAAAAAUCAAUUCUCUUUUUGUGAAAUCAAUAACCAAUAAAUUGAUCAGCCGGAGUCAACACUAUUGUGAAUGCUCGGAGGCAGAAAUCGGCAGAAAAGGCUGGGGUACCAUCAGUGAAACGUGUUGCUGCCUGACCCUGAUGAGUCAUCCUGGAAAAGGGAUCUAACGGCGGAACACCGUAAAGUCCCGCUUUCCAGAAACACACCAGGCACCGGUUCGUCCCCGGGACGCGAAAGUUGCACGGUUUUACCCGGUUCAGUUGCACCAACCCAGCUCUCAGUAAAGGGCAACAACUUCUUGCAAUGUCGAGCCCCCCGGGACGCUGUCUGUGAAAAUCCUCGGAGUCCAUCCGUUGACCAGGUACUCGGAUGUGCGGGGGAUGCUGGCCAGCUGGUGAGACUGGAAGGUUAAACGCCGAGACAACUUUCCAAGAAUACCAUGAGAAAUUCGCUUUGAAAUUCCGCCGGGGUUCAGCCCGAAGUUGAUGGAAUUUUCUUAUUUUCUUUCGCACGUUGCGAAUGAUAAACCGCGGGCGACCAACAAGUAUUUGACCUCCUCCCCGCGGUAGGGUUGAGAAGAGGACCGUCUUACUCACAAUGGCAUCGGAAGUGGUGUGUGGCCUGAUCUUCAGACUGCUUCUGCCCAUCUGUUUAGUCGCUGCAUGUUUGUUCCGAUACAAUGGACUAUCAUUUGUCUACCUCAUCUUCCUUCUCCUUAUUCCACUCUUCUCUGAACCUACAAAAAAGACGAUGCAAGGACACACAGGCCGCUUACUGAAAACCUUGUGUUUCACGAGCCUCACCUUUCUGCUGCUUCAUGCCUUGUUUCAAAUUACCAUAUACAGCCUACAGGCCAGCAAGAAAAUCAAGCCAGGAUUCAGUUGCACGGAUUGGGAAAAGACCUUCAGACAGAUAGGAUUUGAAAGUGUGAGUGGGGCAGAUGCUGGGAACGUUAUUAGACUCUUUGCUCCAGAUGUUGGAAUGUUUGUUGCUGGCCUGGCUACAUGGCUCAUCUGUAAAAGUUUAGUUCGGCAACCGCCAACAGAGGACAUGGCACAGUAUAACCCAGAGUUCCAGAAUGAAGAACUGGAAGAGGAAAAGCUUGAACUGGAUGAAGCGUUAAUUUAUGAGGAAGAUUUUGAGGUCACAAACAUGGCUGAAGAAAUGGAAGAGGGAACCAGGCAAAAUGUUCUUCGCAGGAUAGCAACAUACGCGUCACUAUUAAAAGAAUUUAUUGGCAAUAUCAUAACAACCACUGGAAAAGUAGUUGUUACCAUUUUACUUGGUUUAACAGGUAUAAUGCUACCAUCUCUGACCUCAGGUGUAUACUUCUUUGUAUUUUUGGGAUUGUGUACAUGGUGGUCCUGCGGGAAACAGUUUGAUCCGCUGAUAUUCAGCUGUUUGUGUGUAUUGAUAGCUAUAUUCAGUGCAGGACACCUGAUUGGACUCUACCUUUACCAGUUGCAAUUCUUUCAGGAGCUUGUCCCACCGGGUGACUUCUAUGCAAGGUUGUUUGGUGUAUCACCAGUGAUUCAAACAAACUGCACAACAACAUGGAAGAUUAUAGCCAAUCCCAACAUGUCUUGGCCCCAACAUGUCAAUCCUAUAAUGCUGUUAUUAUUGUACUACACGUUGGCAACACUAAUCCGUCUCUGGCUUCAAGAACCUGUUGUAACGAAUAAGCAAGAUGAGGAAAAUAAUGAGAAUGAGGAAGAAGAGCAAAAGGAGCCACUUGGUCGUGAUUCACCAGUCACUGCUGAAGUGAGACGUAAUAUGUGGUGUUCAGCGCACUAUGCAACAGAUGAGAGAAGGCUCCUUACAAUGACCCAGGAUGACUCCAACUUUUCUGAUGCCUUGUUAGCAACAGUAAAUGGAAAUCCCUCAGACUACCAUGGUGUGCAAGGUGAGAAUGGUCCAGUCUCACUGGAGAUGUACUCCACCCCACAAUACAAAUGGGAGAUGGGAAAUGUAUCUCCUGACAAAAUGAAAGAAGAAAGUGUGCUGGAAGAACCAGUUAACAGCAGACUCAACAGCCUUAUCACCAUUUUCCGUUUCAUUAUGAAGCAGAGUUAUAUUUGUGCACUCAUUGCUAUGAUGGCUUGGAGUAUUACCUACCAUAGCUGGCUCACCUUUGUGUUAUUGAUUUGGUCCUGUGUUCUUUGGAUGGUGCGUAACCGUCGGCGAUAUGCAAUGCUCACAUCUCCAUUCAUGGUCUUCUAUGGAAAUGUCCUGUUGACUCUACAAUAUAUCUGGAGUCUUGACCUUACUAAAGAUGAACUUCCUGAGCCAUCAGGAGUGCUGAAAAAGAUGGAGACUCCAUGUGUUGAACUGGGUUCAAAGAUCCUGUGUGCGUUAACAUUCUGGCUUUUGCUCCGUCAAUACAUUACUGAGCGACGUGAGGCUGAAAAGCACAAAGGAUCUGCCUUAUCCGAAGUCAAAGUGGAGGAAAAAGAAGAUAGCCAGCAAGGAAAGGAGAUAAUGAAAGUAUUGGGAAACCUGGUGAUGGGAAUGUUUGUCAAAUACUGGAUAUACAUCUGUGGUGGAAUGUUUUUCUUCGUCAGUUUUGAGGGCAAGAUUGUCAUGUACAAGAUUAUCUACAUGAUGCUGUUCCUGUUCUGUGUUGCUCUAUAUCAGGUACAUUAUGAUUGGUGGCGGCGGAUCUUGAAAUAUUUUUGGAUUAUUGUUGUUUCGUACACAAUGCUGGUCUUGAUCCUUGUGUACACCUACCAGUUUGAUUCAUUCCCGUAUCUGUGGCAAAACAUGACUGGAAUGGAUAUUGAAAAAUUGAAGGACCUUGGAUUGGAGAAAUUCACUGUAGCAGAUCUGUUUACCAGCAUUUUCAUCCCCACAUCUUUCUUGCUCGUGUGUAUAUUGCACCUUCAUUAUUUCCAUGAUCGGUUUCUGGAGCUCACUGACCUGAAAGCGGUGACCAGCAAACAGGAGAGCACUAUCUAUAGGUUAGUGAACCAGGAUGGCAGUCUGCCUGACAUCGGCAUGAUGAAUAUUAACACCGGUUCUCAGAAAGAGGAAAGAACAGAGGAUAAAAAACCAGAGGAGGGUGAAGGAGAAGAGGAGGGAGAGGAAGAUUCCAGAGAGGAAAAGACAAAUAAAUGGCACCUGGUAAUUGACCGACUGACUGUGCUGUUCCUAAAAUUUAUGGAGACUUUCCAUAAACUACAAAUGAUGGCUUGGUGGAUUUUGGAACUUCACAUAAUCAAAAUUGUGUCAUUUUACAUCAUUUGGAUUACAUUGAAAGAGGUUUCCCUGCUGAAUUAUGUCUUCCUAAUCUCGUGGGCCUUUGCUUUGCCUUACGUAAAGUUACGUCCAUUGGCAUCGAGUAUCUGCACAGUUAUGACCUGCAUAAUCAUUGUUUGCAAAAUGUUAUAUCAAUUAUCAUCAGUUCAACCUCUAAACUACUCUUCCAACUGUACAAUGCCACAACUCAAUGAGACCAACGUAGAGAACUUUGAGAGGUUGAGCAGUUCCGUCCUCUACUCGAGCCCCGUGGACCCCGCAAACUGGAUUGGACUCAAGAAGUCUUCUCCUCUUCUAGUGUACCUUAAUAACAACCUGUUGAUUCUUGCUGUUUUAGCAUUCGAAGUGACUGUCUAUCGCCAUCAGGAAUUAUUUAGGCUUCGCAAUAAUCUUCCACCUCCGGUAACGAAAACCAUCUUUCAUGACAUCACAAGGCAACAUCUGGAUAAUGGGCUGGUGAACUGUGCCAAGUUCAUCAACUACUUCUACUACAAGUUUGGGUUGGAGAUAUGUUUCCUAAUGACGGUCAACGUGAUUGGGCAACGGAUGGAUCUGUAUGCCAUGCUUCAUGCCUUUUGGUUAUUUGCGUUACUCUACCGACGUCGCAGGAAAGCUAUCGCCGAGAUCUGGCCGAAGUACUGCUGCUUCCUGGCAUGCAUUCUGACCUUUCAGUACCUUCUCUGCAUUGGCAUCCCACCCGCUGCCUGCAAAGAGUAUCCAUGGAGAUUUGCUAGUGCCAACAUUAAUUCGAACUUUAUUAAGUGGUUGUACUUUCCAGACUUCAUCAUAAGUCCUAAUCCAAUGUUUCUUAUCUAUGACUUCAUGAUGUUGCUGUGUGCGUCGCUGCAGUGGCAGGUGUUUGAAGAUGAAAACAAAGCUGCGGUGAGGAUUGUUGCCGGGGACAACGUGGAGAUCUGCAGAGAUCUGGACGGAGCCACUUUCAGUCAACACAACCCAGUACCAGACUUCAUUCACUGCAGGUCCUACCUGGACAUGAUCAAAGUCAUUGGAUUCAGUUACUUAUUUUGGUUCGUGCUUACAAUCAUCUUUAUCACAGGAACUACCCGCAUCAGCAUCUUCUGCAUGGGUUACCUGGUUGCCUGUUUCUAUUUCCUACUUUUUGGUGGAGAGCUUUUAUUAAAACCUAUUAAAAUAAUCCUGCAAUACUGGGAUUGUCUUAUCGCCUACAAUGUAUUUGUGAUCACGAUGAAGAAUAUUCUGUCUAUAGGAGCAUGUGCCUACAUCAAUUCUUUAGUUUUGAGAGGUUGUUGGUUAAUCCAAACGUUUGGCCUCGUCUGUACUGUUAAGGGCUAUGAUGAGCCCCCUCCAGAGAAUCUGAGGAAAUGCCCAUUGCCAAGUGCGGAAGCAGGCAUUAUAUGGGACAGUAUAUGCUUCUCCUUUCUACUGCUGCAGAGGAGGGUGUUUAUGAGUUACUAUUUCUUGCAUGUAGUGGCUGACAUAAAAUCUGCUCAAAUCCUUGCAUCAAGAGGUGCAGAACUAUUUCAAGCAACAAUUGUAAAAGCUGUGAAGGCUAGACUUGAAGAGGAAAAGAAGUCAAUGGAUCAACUCAAGAGACAGAUGGAUCGCAUCAAAACAAGACAACAGAAGUAUAAAAAAGGCAAAGAGAGAAUGCUAAGUCUGACCCAGUCAGUUGAUGCACAGGGUAAUCAGGUGAAACAGGAAGAUGAUGAUGAUGAAGGAGAACCAGAGAAAGAGAAAGCCAAGGGCAAAAAAAAGCAGUGGUGGCGACCCUGGGUUGACCAUGCUUCCAUGGUACGAAGUGGAGACUACUAUCUCUUUGAGACAGACAGUGAGGAAGAGAAUGAAGAAGAGGUGAAAGAAGAUGAAGAACAACCCAAAAAAUCUGGGUUCCAGAGAGCAGUUCGGAAAUUUGCAUCAGCCAUGAUAGCCUUGCCAAGGUCUAUUCUAAAACUGCCAAAAACCAUACUUCAGUUGGUAGUCAGAGGUGUAAAGUUCAUGUACCAGACUUGGAUGAAAGAUUCCAAAUCGGCAUUGAAGGAAAAGAAGAAGAAACAUGAAUUCGGUAGAAAAGAAAUAGGAGAUCAUGUUGCAAUCGAAUGUGAGGAGUCAGACGAAUUACCCACACCAGAAGAAGAACAAAAAACGCUCUAUAACGUUAUCAAGAGGGUGUUCAACCUCCUGAAGUUCACUUGGGUUCUCUUCUUGGCUUUGGUGGAUAGUUUUACUAAAUGGCUAAAUUCAAUAUCAAAGGAAUGCAUUGAUAUAUCGACUGUUCUGAGGAUAGAGAGAUGCAUGCUUACAAGGGAAGUGAAGAAGGGAAACGUUCCCUGCCGGGACAGUAUCCAUAAUUACUACAAGCACCAGAUGAAGUUGAACAGCUCCCGGGAGUCAGGUCUUGACAGAAGUGAUGAUGGAACCCGAGAGCUGGGUGCUCACAGAAUGGACAGCACAGACUCUGGAGCUUCUCGUGACAGUCUGUCCAGCUGCUACACUGAAGCUACCAUGCUGUACUCACGGCAGUCAACUCUAGAUGAUAUAGAUGAUAUUCCUAAAACAAGUGAGCGUGCUCGACCUAGGCUUCGUAAAAUGGUCAGCCUUGAUAUGUCCUCCUCAUCGGUUGAAAGUGGCAGUAUAGUGUCAAGCGAGCCAACGCAGUGCACCAUGUUGUAUUCACGUCAAGGGACCACCGAUACCAUUGAGGAGGUGGAAGAUGAGCAGGCUGAAGAAGUGACAGUGCCUGUGUAUACAACAGAAACCAUGACUGAAGAGGUUCCUCCUUCAUACAGUAAAGCUGUGAGCCUCGAACGUUUGACCUUCAGCUCAGAUUCAGCCGGAGAAAAACAUCUAAUGGCACUCACCCCAGAUAGCAAAGUGGACCUGCUUGAAGAUCCUAUCUUUCCAAACCUAAGCCACGAGCUAACAGCCAGUGAACUGCUUCUUAACAAGAUGUUUUAUGAUGAAGAGUUGGAAGAAUCAGAAAAAUUCUACAAAGCUCAGCCUCGGGCACUACUGCUCUUCUUUGCUCUCUAUAAUACGUUGGUAGCCCGGUCGGAAAUGCUAUGUUUCUUUGUCAUUAUACUCAAUCACAUAGUAUCAGCUUCAAUGAUUACCUUGGUACUUCCUAUCCUAAUUUUUCUCUGGGCUAUGCUGUCUGUUCCCAGGCCAAGCAAGCGUUUCUGGAUGACAGCGAUUGUAUACACAGAGGUAACAGUUGUGAUCAAGUACUUUUUCCAGUUUGGAUUUUUUCCGUGGAAUGAAAAUUUAAGUAUAGCCCGCGACAAACCUGAUUUUGUCCCAAACAUAAUCGGUAUUGAGAAAAAGGAGGGCUAUGUGCACUACGACCUCAUACAACUGCUUGCACUGUUCUUUCACCGAUCCAUCUUAAAGUGCCAUGGUUUGUGGGAUGAGGAUGUGAAGGGUGAAAAUGCUUCUAGUAAAGAUGACAGUGAAGAAGAUCAACGAAAUGACUCUCAAAGGAAGAGCUCUCUUGGUUCUCUAAAGUCAAUUAAUUUGCAAGCAUCCAUGGAUUCCAUUCACGUCCACUUUCCAGAACAGGCAACAGCUCGAAGACCAAGUUCAACAGGUUCACAGAUCUCAAAUCGAUCAUCCCAUAGGUCACAAAGAGGAAGCAUAAGUACUCGAAACAGCAGCAGUCGGAAAGGAAGUGGGUCACUCAGUGUUCAACCAAAGAAUAAAAGAGAGAUUUUAUUGGAAAAGUUAAGAGAGCAGAUGAUCAGGGCAAAGGCCAUUAUCAUUGCCAAAACACUUCAAAUCUAUUUCCCAAUCAGACAUUUCUUCUACAACAUCAUCCACCCAGAGUACAGUGCGGUUACGGAUGUCUACGUGUUGAUGUUCCUGGCUGAUGUGGUGGACUUCAUUGUUAUUGUCUUUGGUUUUGGGGCAUUUGGGAAACAUUCAGCGGCUGCUGAUAUAACAUCUUCUUUGUCAGAGGAUCAAGUACCAGAGGCGUUUUUGGUGAUGCUGAUAAUUCAGUUUGGAACCAUGGUGGUAGAUCGAGCACUCUACCUCAGAAAGACGGUCUUAGGAAAAGUUAUCUUCCAAGUCAUCCUCGUUUUUGGAAUCCACUUCUGGAUGUUCUUUAUCUUGCCAAGAGUGACAGAGCGAAAAUUUAGCCAGAACUCAGUUGCGCAGGUUUGGUACUUUGUUAAAUGUGUUUACUUUGGAUUGUCAGCAUAUCAGAUACGUUGUGGUUAUCCAACACGUGUCCUUGGUAACUUUCUGACUAAGAGCUACAACUAUAUCAACUUGUUCCUCUUUCAAGGAUUCCGACUGGUUCCCUUCCUGACCGAGUUAAGAGCAGUGAUGGACUGGGUCUGGACAGACACAACCCUCAGUCUCUCAAGUUGGAUCUGUAUAGAGGACAUUUAUGCACAUAUUUUUGUUUUGAAGUGCUGGCGUGAAUCUGAAAAGAGAUAUCCUCAGCCACGAGGGCAGAAGAAAAAGAAGGUUGUGAAAUAUGGCAUGGGUGGCCUCAUUGUCUUUUUGCUAAUAUGCAUCGUGUGGUUCCCGCUCCUCUUCAUGUCCUUGAUUAAGUCCGUUGCUGGUGUGACAAACAAACCUUUGGACGUUUCCGUUACAAUAACCAUUGGAGGUUAUCAGCCCAUCUUUACAAUGAGUGCCCAACAGAAUCAGCUGCAAGAUUUCGAUCAAACUCAGUACAACAGACUUUUAAAGAGAUUUGAUUCUAAUUCUGGUGCUAUGCAGUUCCUGGAUGCCUACAUGAAAGAAGACAUCCUGGUUGCAAAACUUGAAGGAAAUUCAAAUUCACUUUGGACCAUCAGUCCACCAAGUCGAUCUAAGAUGAUAGAAGGAUUGAAUGAUAACACGUCAUCAGUCUCCAUUGUUGUUGCUUGGUCUAUUCAAAGGAACGUCACUCUUGGAAAAUCAGAAAUUGCGUCUAACAAACUAUCUUUCCCUGUUCCACCAAAAACCAAAACUGAGCUUGCGGCGUUGAUGGAAGGAAAGGGAGGCAAACCUGUAAAAAUUUCAAAUAUAUUUCCAAACUACAUCAGGGCUCCCAGCGAUUCUGAUACAAAACCUGUGAAACAACUUUAUAAAAAUGGUGAUGACUACUGUGAACUUCUUGUAAGACUGGUUCAACAAACAGACAACAUUACAGGACAUAUUCAGGAAUGGUGGACUGUUAAUCAGACCCAAAAGUUUCACAGAAAUGAUCAAAAAGAAAGUUUAGAAAUUAUUGUAUUCAGUGAUAAAGUUAGUCCUCCAAGUCUUGGCUUCCUAGCUGGCUAUGGCAUUAUGGGUCUCUAUGCAUCAGUUGUGCUAGUCAUUGGAAAGUUUGUGCGUGAGUUCUUCAGUGGGAUCUCUCAUUCCAUCAUGUUUGAAGAGCUGCCAAACGUGGACCGAAUCUUGAAGCUGUGCACGGAUAUCUUCCUGGUUCGAGAGACUGGAGAGCUAGAAUUGGAGGAGGAUCUGUACGCUAAGCUCAUCUUCUUGUAUAGAUCACCAGAAACUAUGAUCAAAUGGACACGUGAAAAGACAAAGUGACCAGUUUUGCUGAUCUGGAUGUAAAAUUCUAAUUUGGAGAUUUAAAAAAAAAGCACAAUAUCACAGAAAAGCUGAGCUAUUCACAGUUAGGUGACAGGAGCUUUUCCUUCUGGAGCCCAGGCAGUUGCACGUUCCUCAAGUCCUCUCUGCCUACAGUCUCCCUCUGCUGACAGUAUAAGACUGGUGUUUGUGCCACCGUUCAGUCCUGGUUAUGGAAACGAUUCCAUAUCGUAUCUGAAUCCAAUUUCUUUUCACUUUCAAUCAGCCAAAAUCAGGGCUUCCAAAAUGCUAACCUUCCUUGCAGGUAUCAUCUGUAUCAAUCCUUUGUAUUUUCUUUAUGUAACGCAAUGAUUUUUGGGCGAUGCAACUUUGUGUCAAUACCAUCCAAUUAUAGGGGAACAAGACCUGGAGUGAUUUAGUAUUGGCCAACGAAAGAAGACAUCACCAAUGAAUAAUAAUUCUAUAGCAUCACAAGUCUCCAGUGGUGAAUGAAUUUACUGACUGGCUUAAGCAAGGAAAAUAAUUUGACGAUCUAUUUUACGUGACUUAUUUUAUUUGUACAGGCAAUAGAAAAGUAUCACCUUAUCAGUGAGCUUUCUCAGGAAGAGUUCUUUUAUCAAAGGCUUAUCUGUCUUCUGUAUCUUCAGUACCUUAUAAAACAAAGUGGGUGCACAUUAUUGCUUCAGCAAAUACUUCUCCUAGAUAAAGGCUCCUGGGAUACCCACAAAAGUACUUGAAACCAGAGGUCAGCAAAAUGUUCAGAUUUUACUUGAACCUUUCAAAGGCAAAUCCUUCAAUAGCUUUUCUCUUUGAUUAAACUGGAGCUAACAUAACUUUUUCUUCAUGAGCCCAUGGUCUCAUCAAUUACUUUUGAUGGGAAGAAUCCAACCAUAACUAUGUUUUCCAUCUCUCUUUCACCCAUUCCAUUUGUCAGGUGAGAACCUGGGUGAUGUGUUGCCAAGUGUCGUGACGAUCCAUCUUUAAACGAUUAUUGGGAUAUAUGCAACAAUGGUCCAGGGUGAUAAUUUGCUGAAUUUCUUGCUUUUCUUACUGGGAACCAUGUGGCCUCUUCUGAUGGAUAUUACUCAUGACAGCCUGACCAAUAUCAGGAACGUGCUUGUAGGGGUUUGAUGGGCACAAUCAUGUACUUUCACUCUGGCACAGUAAAGCAGAUUUAUCUCGUGUCACAGCAAUUAUUGUAUGACUAGUAUUUUUGAUCGAAAAAAAUGAUAGAAUUCUGCUUUGUUAGUAUUAAAUAGAAAGGCAAGGCCCAGGUGGGAUCUAAGUGUUUUUGAUGGGUUUUGCUCUACUUGAAAUGUCUGUGCAUCUAAAUUUUAUUUCCUUACUUAACUAUCGGCAACAAACAGCAAGGACAAUGGUAGGAUGUUCAGGCUCCUCACAGUAAUUGGUGUUUCUUUACUCUCAGCUGAAGAGUAAAGAUGAUAGUAUUGAGAACCAUAUAUCGAAUGUGAAAUAACUGGAGUCAAUAUAAAAGGAUAUUAUGUAACCAUUCAUAUUGCAUAAUAUUCUGAAAAGUAGACUGCCUGACCUUUGGAUAGAUUUAUUUGGCUUAAAGUUUGACUUUUCUCUGCAUAUUUCCACAUGCAAAUUACUAUUACUAAAAGGUAACUAAAAUCCUAAAAGGGGCAAAAGAUCAGUCAUACAUGUAUUUUAAGAUUUAAUUUUAAUCUAUUUACGUAAAUGCAAACAUGUUCAAGAUUAACAUUAUUGUUUUGGUUUAGAAAUGAUGAGGGUAUUUCUAAGGAUUAUAUUGUUGAUGGGUAGAAUCAUAGCACAAGCACAGACCCAAAAUGAGACAGCUUUUUUAAAUAGACGCAGGAUUGCAGCAAGGGUUACUGCAACAGAGAAGGAAUUGUGUAAUUUGUCAUGCUUUUCAGAGUAUCACUGGCUCAUUAUCAAUGUGGCCACUCCUUUUCAUGUCAGUUAUUGGUUUCUGAUAACUAUUACAGAUUUGUAUUGUUAAGGCAUUGUUAAUAAUGUAAAGCAGGGAUUGAAAUUCAGCUUCCUCUUUGGUUGUUUUCCUACUUAAGGUAACUCACCAAAUAUUUCUGUAACUUGGUUGCACAGUCACAAACAAGUCCAAUUAGUGAUGAUUUAAUCGUGUGAUUUUUUUUUGGCUUAAUGAUGCAAUUUGUGUUAUUUAAAUGAUGUUGGGGUCCAGCUUUUAACUAAUUUGUAUCUGAUUACGUCUGUUUCAAGGAGAUCCAGAAAAAAAGUUCAGCAUCACAGCAACAAUUUCUAUGUGAGGAAAUGUGCUAAAUAAUUGACCUAUGAUUUAGAAAAUCAAUACAGGGGUACUAUGUGUUUCAAACAUUACAUAUGAGGAGUCAUCAUGUUAAAACAAAAAAAACCAUGCAAGCCUGCAAAACCCUUUAAUCUUGCAAUAAUAGUUUUAGAAACUGUUUUUAAGGUCACUUUAUAAAUUUGUUUGAGAAAGAAAAUAGCACUCAUGAGUCCAUUAUUUCAUAUACAGCUGUUUUAAGGAUUUCUUAUCUUUUGAAAUUCCUGUUGCUUAGAAAAUCAAAUGAAAAGCAAUGUUUUUCCCAUUCUGUAAGUAGCUUGACUAUAUUUAUUAGAAUGAAUUGGCUAUUUUCAACUGAAUAUUGAUAGUCUAACUCCAUGAUCCAACCCACCACACCAUGUGCACUACAAUGGAUGAUUUUAAGUAAGUGAAAGUAUCCGAACAUGAACACAGUAGUUGGUGCAACUAAGUUUUGUAUGACAAAGGAUUACCUUAUUGCAUAAUGGAUUUCAAUAUUACAGUGUGUUAAGGUGUAUUUAUAUUUCAAGUUUAUUCAUGAACUUCUGGAAUACUGAAAUUAGUUUUAGAAAAUAUGCAAUAAGCUUUGCUUCUAGUUGGAUUGCUCUGGUUUUUUUUAACUGGAUGCUGUCUACCAGACCCAUACGAUUGUGACCCUGCUGUCAACAGUUACCAGUGAAAAUAUGUCCCUGUUUUAUAUUUGUUUCUAAAACAUCUCAC